AUGGAAAUAGAACGUCCGAAGCCUACAUCGGUGAAAAGCAAUGUCAAGAGUAUCAAACCAAAACAACAUGAUUCGCAUCAGCAAAGGGGAAAAUCAUCGAAUGAGCCGGAAAUGGAACUUGCCAAUGUUGAAUCACCGACAAUUCUUCAUGAAUUCACAGAUGAAAAAAUCCAGAGAGGCUGUGAAUUAGCAUCGGAAGGCAACUUUUCUAAAGCAAUCAGCGUAUUCAAAAGUGUAGUACCACCUACUUUUGAUUCACUUUAUUACUGCGGAUGUGCUCAUCUUGAACUGGGCCAGCAAUCAGCAAUAUACGAAGCAAUUAAAAACUUUAGUCGCGCAUUAACAUUACCAUCACCAUCCUCGGAGAUCAAAGUCAAUAUAUAUUAUAAGCGUGCUUUCGCAUAUCACUCGAUUGGUUGGUAUUUCGAAGCGAUUCUUGAUUAUACCGCAUUCAUUGACGGAAACGAAGGUUCUGUACAUCACGGAUAUUUAAGUCGAGGUCUGGCUCGGAGUGAUAAUGGCGAUCAUGACAACGCAUUGCUUGAUAUUCAGCGCGCAUGUGAGACGAUUGAUGAACCGUAUCGGAAAUAUUAUUUGUACUGUCUUGGACGAGCACAGACUUUAGCUAAAGACAAUUAUGCUGCAGAAAGCACAUUUAAGGAACUGAAGAAGUUAUGUAUCGAACAGAGUCCUAGUUCGUUUGAAACGUAUUUUUAUGAAGGUGUCGCAUCGUCCGAACUAAAUGAGGACCAUUCUACGACUUUGGCAUGUUUUGAAAAAGCACUCAACCAUUCACGAACACAUAAAGAUGAAGUUGAUGCAAGAUUUCAUAUCGGAUUAACUCAAUAUAAAUGUGGUAGGAUAGAUCUUGCGACAAAGGCAUUUGAAGACGUUCUUGAACUUGAUUCAAACCAUACCAAAGCGAAUUUUCGACUUGGUAUGAUGUCAAGCGAAAGUGACAAGGAUCCUGCGGAAGCUUUGGAUUAUUUCACCAAAGCCCAUCAAUCGGCGCCACAUAGAUCAGACAUAUUAUAUGAACGAGGAGAACUAUAUCACAAAAUGGGUAAAAUCGAUGCGUGCAUUCGAGAUAAGCAACUUGCUCUACAAGUUCAACACACAAAAGUUGAUCCAUUCGUCACCAAGCAGUACAUAGAGAAACUCAUACAAGAACUAUUAGCAAACAUAAAGGAAUCCACGAGUGAUGUGCCAAAAGAUAUGCAUUUCCUAUUGUCUCUGUUAUAUGGAAAACUCUACAAGUUAGCACAAGAUGCAAAAAGCAAAUCGAAGUCGAAAGAAGAUUACAAGACGACAAUUGCCGCUUUGGACAAAGCAGUUGACGCAAAUUCUGAAGACAUUAAUGCAGCGUUGAUUUUUGCUAUCCGCUGCAGCCUGCAUGACGAGAAGAAACACAAUAUCUCAGCAAAAUGCAGUCUUGACCAAUUCAAUUAUAUUCUCGAUCAAAAUCCAAAGGUUGAGGGGCAGUGGCGCGAAAUGUUAAUUGGCCUGCAAGAACAACAGCUAGCCCUCAAAACUGAAAAUAUGAAUAUUCUACGUGCAAUAGGAGAAUUAAAUGUUAAUGCAAGUGAAUAUGGUGAAGCGAAAAUCAAAGAAAUUAUUAAUUUGUUGCUAGCGGAAAAAAUUGGACAAUUCACGAGACUUGAAUCAUAUCGAGACAAAGUCGAAGAAGACAACAAAGCAUUCAUCCGCGAUCCAAAUGAAAAUCGCAAGAUCUUCUAUGGAAAGAUACGAGUGUCUCUCGCAAACAAAUUAACUGCAAUGGCAGUGAUCAGUGGCGAUGAUGAAAACGAGCCAAUCGUCAAACAUGACCGUACAGGAACUAACUCGGCCAUUGCCGAUGGUUUAGAAUUCAUUGCUGGUGUAAUUGCCUCCGUAGUGCCUACUGGUGGUGAAGUAAUAUCUUGCAUAGCCGGUCAAGUUAGUAGUCAACUAAAAGACCAUGAACAUGAGAGAUACCAAAAUCGAAUGUCAGAAGUUAUCAAAGAUCAAGAUACACUCGAACUCCUUGAAUUAGCACGAUUAGUGGCACGCGAAUUAGCUAAUCGUUAUAGAGACCAAAUUUUAACAAUCGGUUCACAUUUUGAUCAAGCCCCGAAACAAUCCCAGCGAUGCUGUUCCAUCUUUCCACGCAGAAACAAAGUCAAACCGUGCGGCAAUCCAGGCGUAGAUGAUCUCAUAGAAAAAGCGACUAGUUUUGGUAUUGGCUUUGCAGUUAGAUCUAUUAUUGGCGGAGAUUUGAGAAAAUUUCAGCGUGAGACUCUGCAUAUGCGUUUAACCGAACUAGUUAGUCGUGCUGAACCAGGUUUUUUGAAGACACUUCAUAUGAAACUGCAUUGGAAAAAGAACGAAGUCAUCUCAUACGUACAGUCGAGAGACGAUGAUAAAGUGUUCAAACCAAAGCUUCUUUAUGAUUUUUAUUGCAAGCCUGGCAUUUAUUUCGACGAGAACAGUGAAUCGAGUGCUGACCGAGAAACUUUACCAUGGAUGGAUGCGGAGCUGUAUGGAUAUCGAUUAGGGACUCGUGAGGAAUAUGAAAACUUACUUGCCAUUUUCGAAAAACAAAAGAACGAUAAAUUGAGAAAAUUUCUUCGGUGUUGUUUCAAAUAA